AUGCAGGUGGAUGAGUAUGGCACUCAACAACCUAUCGCUUUGAUGCGCUUGCUGAUCGGUCGAGGUGGGCUUUACGAUCAGAUCGCCAAAGAGAUGUCCUGGCGCCGACUAAAGGAUACAACUUACCUUGGAAGUAUGGGUCCACCAGGAGGCGGUAGGCAUGCUCUGGAUCCUCGAUUUGUUUCGCUAUUCUCAGUUUUCCAUGCUCUCUGCCCUUCUAAUGACUCCAUGUUUACUAUCUUUGGUGGCAUUUUAUUCGGACAUAUGGCUAACGGGUUCACGCAUCGCCUCAUAAACGAAGCACCAACAUUUACACUAAUGAGUAUCAAAGCUUAUCAAACUGUUCGAAAUCGCUUGCUUCCUACGCCGACCAAAUUUCACUACACCUUCAACUUGCGAGACAUAUUUCGCCUUUUCCAAGGCCUCUGCUUUGCCAAUCCUGAGAGGUUCAAAGGCCCAAAAAAGUUUCUUCGCCUCUGGCGACAUGAAUGUAUACGUGUGUUUGAGGAUCGGAUGAAUUGCCUGCAAGACCGUGAAAUUGUCAGCGUAAGCCUCAUCAAAUCUAUUUUUUCCCGAAAACAGUAUAAGGUCUAA